AUGUCAGACCCGAUGUCGCGAACGCGAACUGCUCCGUACAUCUACUUCUAUCAUUUCGCAUAUGCAUUCCUUUCACAUGAAAAAGAAAAAGAAGCCCCUCAAACUGAGGUCGCCACGACCAGCCAGUCUCUGGUGGCCGCAGGCAGCACUCUCCUCCCACGACCAGUCGCAUCAUUAGUCUCAUUCGUGACCCAGUCAACUUCUCUGUCGCUGCGUAUAGGGACCUUUUUUGGGGGUGUGGCUUUGGAUAGUGCACGCGCGACAACGCUGACCGGCCUCGAGCUGAGCCGAGCUGUGAUUGAGGGGAUUCUUACCCGAGCAGGGAGGGAUGUGGCUAUCCGCAGUGGGGAUGGGCAUGGUAGAAUAGAAGCAGAAUCAUUGCUAGAACGAAGCUUGGCAUCAUUACAUACUUCCAUAACUUCGGCGUCAUUCUUUGCCGCGGCGACAUUUCACUUCUCAUCCACGGCUCUAGCAUCAUUAAGCAAUUUCUCCCAGUCUCUUUUGUCAACACUCGAUGCUAUUCUCGGGUCUACCGAGACAUCUAGCGCAAUUGCAGCGAUUGUCACACUUAUUCGACGCGAGUUCAGAUCUGUGGACCGAGAUACCAGCAACGAAAAGGUUGGUGUGGGAGAUCUCUUGAUUGGUUGCAUUGGACUUGCUCUGUUGCAGCGCUGGGGCAAGAGGAAUACUGAAAGACGCCACCGCGAAAAUGGUGGUGAUGAGAUCAUUUGGGACACCGUCAUUUUGGACAACGGCGCCAAAGCCGACGUGGUCGGGACGAACCAAAUACGGUUUUCUAAUAUAGACCAAGAUAUACUACCGGAACAUUCCAACAGGGCUUCUUUUGUCAUGCCCGGCGAUGACGACGAGCCCUUCAAUGCUGUCCAGAGAGGAUCGAGCAUCACUGAUACCCCAAGAGGAUCUAGAUUUUCCUUUCCAAUGGACGGGCAGCAGCAAUUCUCCGAUGAGGACAUUCAAGCUUAUAUAACGAGUCAAUUUCCCCGAGGCUGUCACGCUUCGAUUAGAUCGGAGGUCCUUACGGCUCGAACAAUUACAGUAGACAUAUUCGAUGAAGAUAUAACAGAAAUUGCCGCCCCUCCUGGUACAACAAUGAUCGAAGAAAGAUUUAACCAUGAGGACGACACCAAUGUGAGCCUCACAGAUAAUAAGCGGCUCCCGCGACACACUGUGGUAUUUCGUACUGCCCUGAACAAAUCACAAAAUACAUUGCUACGACCUCAUGACGUUCCGAAUACUACAGACCCUGAAGUUCCUUCACUGCCUCUGCUGCCUCUGCUGCCUCUGCAGGAAUUAUCGCAGCCGGCGAAACAGCCUAGGUCUCCUAAUCAUCGAGCGCAAUCUAAUCCUGGCUUUGAAAGUAAUAUUAUCAUUAAAAGUGAUUCACCAGCUUCUACUCCAAAACUCGACCAGGGUCAAAAGCCUCCCUCUAGAAGAGGAUCGCUCUCCAAGUUUGCCCAGAGAGUAAAGCCAGCUGCUUUCGAAAGAACAGACCCUGUCAAACGGACACCACUCAAGAAGCAAACUGCCAAAUCUGCUGGUUCCGGACCCUCUAGUACCACUCUUGAACCAGCUAGAGGAGCUGCCUCGGUGAAAGAAGCAACUGCACGAGAAGCUUCAAAACAACCAACUCCACCAAAACGACCUCAAAAAACGCCGUCUGAACACCAACUAUCUACGCCUGCAUCGAACAGAGGAUUACGAAGAUCGCUCAUUCCACCUUCCCCACAGUCUCCGCGCUCUCAUCCGACCCUAGAGCCGUCUUGCGACAUUCACGAUAGAAAGACUUCCGGGCCGGGACACUUCAUGGUGCACGAAAAGAGUCGGGAGUCCUUUUUGACACAUACUGGAUCCUUCUCGCAUGGUGCUGCCGACUACCGUCCAGGGUCUCCUGCCACUGCUCGGGGCCAUGUUCGCAGUAGUAGUUCGCUGUCUAUCACAAGGUCUGAAACGGACGGUCCUGUCUCAGUCAAUGAUCUACGCUCAAACUCCCUACAUAAAACAAACCAGUCUUACUCUCCUGGCCUGUAUUCGAUGGCCAUUGCUGGGUCCGAGACGUCGCUUAUAUUGGCGCAUAGACCGCGGAAGAGCGCCUACGAGGAUACCGAGACCAUCCAAGCACUCCAUCGUGAUGGUUUCGUUCCAGGUAUUUUCCCAAAGAGACAUUUUGUUCAGAAUAUCCGCCGCUUCUGUCGCUUCUCUUCUGCCUCUUACGGUUCCAGAGCACUCAAGGUCAUGGGAGUGGCCAAGGACACGAAAGGCUUACCCCGUACUCACACCGACUCCCACGAGCACAGCGCGUUUACCGAUCAUGCGGGCCUACCAGCAUCGACAAUUCUUCUUUCUUCCUUCUGCGAUCCAGCCGGAGGCUCCAACGCAGCCGGGGAUACUGAGAACGGGUUCCCGCUCGUGCACUACCUGUCCAUCGACCACGACUCCAAAGCCGUUGUGCUUACCCUUCGAGGUACAUGGGGGUUUGAGGACAUUCUCACAGACAUGACCUGUGACUACGACGAAAUGAAAUGGCAAGGAAAGAACUGGAAAGUCCACAAGGGCAUGCAUGCCUCGGCACAACGGCUGCUCGAGGGUGGCGGCGGUCGAGUGAUGAUCACACUACGUGCGGCUCUUGAGGAAUUCCACGACUACGGCGUUGUUCUAUGCGGACACUCUCUCGGCGGCGGUGUUGCGGCCCUCUUGGCCACUAUGAUCGCCGAGCCAUGCAGCGACCCUACAGGCACCUCGUUCGUGACAACGUCUCACCAAUCUGCUACUCGGUCGCGCCUCUUGAACGUUGACAGCGAUGCUGGCCGCCAGUUCUCCGACCCAACACCGCCAACCUACGAUCUCCCACCCGGUCGUCCAAUCCAUGUAUACGCAUACGGACCGCCAGCAGUAAUGUCGCCAUUCCUCCGCCUCGCCACGCGCGGACUCAUCACAACGACCAUAAACGGCCAAGACGUAGUCCCAGGCCUCUCGCUCGGCAUUCUUCACGACAUGCACACGGUCUCAGUAGCCUUCAAAAGCGACGUCUCCGGCGCAAAGUCGCAUGUUCGCCAGCGUCUCCACGAAAGUCUCCGCCAAAGCAUCAUCCACAAAUUUUACGUCGACCAACCGCCACUAGUAAUAAAUGCAGGCGAUGGCGUCGGCGAAGACGCAUGGGCGUGGAAAACACUCCAACUUCUCCGUGACGAAAUGCACGCUCCGAAACUCAUGCCGCCCGGUGAGGUCUUUGUCGUCGAGACCAUGCGAGUGCUACAACGGGAAGCUUUCACCCCUGCACCGGAGUUUACAUCUACAGAUGGAUACCCGCGUCUGGGACGGCCGGCGACGCGUGUCCAGAUGCGAUUCAUUCGGGAUGUGGAUGCCUGGUUUGGGGAGUUGCGCUUUGGUUCUGGGAUGCUCAGCGAUCAUAAUCCUGCGAGGUAUGAAACUAGUCUUGCUGCAUUGGUACGGGGCGUUUUGGAUGAAUGA